AAAAAGCCUUGAACGUUUCCUCGUUCUUCAUAUCUCCUCCUUGAGGCUCUCUCAGCAACUACGUCUAAUCAAAAUCGCUCUCUUUCCAAUGGCAAACAAGUUCCUGAUAAUCUCUCUCGUCUUCUCCUCUCUCUUCUCCGUCUCCUCUUCUGUCCCUUCCGAAACACUCCUUGUAGCCGCCGAUAUUCUCUCAAAUUCCGGCUACCUAUCCAUGUCUCUUACUUUGCAACUCGUAUCCAACUCUCUGAUUCCACACUCUCCAGCUCUCACCAUAUUCUCUCCCUCUGAUUCUGCCUUUGCUCGCUCAGGCCAGCCUUCACUUUCCCUCCUCCAGUUCCAUUUCAGUCCUCUCUCUUUCCACCUCCGUUCCCUCAAACCCCUCUCUUCUGGCUCCAAGAUCCCCACUCUCUUUGAUAAUCACUCGCUCACCGUCACUUCCGGGCCAUCUGACGAUGACGCUAUUUCUGUAAAUGGAGUCAAGAUUAAUGGGUCGCCGAUAUAUGACGAUGGAUCUUUGGUUAUUCUUGGGAUCGGCGAGUUUUUGGAUCCAGAUUUUGAGGUUUCGCCGAAAAUUCCAGGAACUGGUGGUAAGCAUGGAUGUUCUUUCGAGGCCGGCCGUGGAUUUUACUCGUUUAAAGAGGCAACUGGGGUUUUGAGAUCAAAGGCGUUCUCUGUUAUUGCGUCGUUUCUGGAUUUGCAGUUGGUGGGCUCUAAGGACCGCCCUGCCUUAACAAUCUUUGCUCCAGUUGAUGAAGUGAUGAAGGGUUUUGUUGGUAAUGUGGAUGAGUACUCUUCGAUCUUUCUUAGGCAUGUUGUGCCCUGCAAGAUGCCAUGGAAGGAUUUGGUUAAUUUCAAUGAUGGGAUGGUGUUAGAUACAUAUUCGGAGGGGUUUGGAAUUCGCAUAAGCAGAUCUGGUGAUAUUUUCAUGCUCAACGAAGUCCCAGUUAGCUUCCCGGACAUGUACCAGAGUGACUGGCUCGUCGUUCAUGGCCUUCGUGGCAUAUUAGAGGGACCAAAUAGGCCAGAAGAAGUGGGAAGCGCUUCUUCUGAAAUGGGUAACAACAGAGAAACGAGCAUCUUGGAUGAUGUUGAACUGUAAAGCUUUCUGGUAAAUCCGCGUAGCUCUCAGUUUCCAUUACUUGAGUUUAGACUUGGGGAUGUCAAAUACAGGCCCAAGGGAUUUGUAACGAGGUUGCUUUAUGUUGCGAUCAUCCAGUCUAUAAUCUUUCUUUUCAA